UGUUGGCAAAGGUAACAUGAUUAUACACAUAAAUAAACAGUUUGAAUGGAAUGUCGAAGAAAAUGGCGUCAAUGGUUCCUAUCUGAGUAAAUUUACAACUGAGAGAAGGGUCACAAACUAACGACAUGGAAAUUCCAAUCGAUCUGAUAAAACAGGUACAGAUCUCGCUCAGGAGUCACGCCAGUCUCUCCUCCUACGACCCGAACGACAAUUCCUUCCCCAAUCUACCUUCCCUCGAAGAAGCUCUAGCCUCCCUUGAUCCCUCGCCCCCAUAUCUUCGUUGCAGGCAUUGCAAUGGCAGACUCCUUAGGGGCUUACAGUCUUUGAUUUGCGUCUUAUGUGGUGGAGAAGCAACUAAGGAGGACCUCCCACCUGAACCCAUCAAUUUUCGAAACACUCUUGGUUAUCAAUGGCUUCUCCAGUCAUUGAGUUUGGAUGGAUCGGAGACCGUGGCAUCACCCGUUGAAACCAAUAACUCACACCGAGGAAAGAAUGCACCCAAAGAUGAAUUUCCAUUGUCUGAACUUUUAGACCUGGAGAUAAAGUGGCCUUCUGAGUCGGAGAGAUUUGAAUCUCGUUACCUAAAGGAGACACCAGGUCAGAGUAAAAGUUCCUUAAAUUUGUCAGGAGUCAAUAUUGAGAAUUUUUUUGCUGAGGAAAAGAAAGGUGUCAUUACUAAUGCGACUGUACAGUCAUCGGUGAGUACCAAUCAGACCAAUGCCAAACAAAGUGUACAAGGUCACAGAAAUCUUGAUUUGUUUGAGAAUGUUCAGCACUUUGAAGCUGCUGAUCCAUCUAAUGAAGGGGAGAGUAAUGUCUCUGAUUCUGGUUGGGGUGCAAAUUUUCAAUCUGCUGCUUCUGCAAUGCCUAAUGAGGAAGCAAAACCGUUUGACUCUUUUGUGGGUUCUGUGGAUCUUUCCGAUCAAAUGGAUGAAGUAUUUGGUGCUAGAAAAGACACAAAAGAUGUAGAGACAACAGGAUCUUCAUCCAUUGGUAGUGAAUGGUUUGUUGAUGAUUCAUGGAAUAAUUCUAACUCUGGGUUAGCUGGACCUUCUGAGGUGUUUCAAACGAACACAAAUGUGAAGACUGGAAACUUGGUGGAAAGUGUGAGUCAUUCUUCUUCAACAGAUGUUGAUUGGGUCCAAGAUACUAGAUGGCAAGGCACUAGCAACAAGUUACCUGACAAUAAGGCUGAUGAGGAACAUGAUUCAUUUGAUGAUUGGAAUGACUUUACCAGCUCAACUGUUGCAAACAAUCCUCCUAGUAGUUCUCUAAACCAAACCCUUGUGCCGCUUGAUGACAUGACAUCAGAUGUAAAUUUGUUUAGCUUAACUAAUCAUCAACAGGAUAUAAACUUGUUUGAUAGCAUUUCACAACCAGGUGUCGUUUCAGCAGCAUUUAGCAGUCCAACUGGUUCCACAGAAGGGAGUAAAAUGCUGUCAGAAGCCUCUAGUUUAGACAGGUCUUCUAUUGGUCCAACUUUCUUUAUAACAAUUACAGUUGUUAUUAAUAUUAGUUUGACAUGCCUGGUUAUACGUUAUAAUGCUAUCUUUUGUAGUAUCCAUCACAACAGUAUGUUUUUAAGUAUUUUAAAUCCACUUCUUGGGCAUUUGACCAUGUCUAAAGAACAGAACAUUUUCCAGUUCUUACCUGUGUGGAUGCCGUUCAUGUUGGCUUAUUGAUUUCACCUACGUUUUUGUCCCCUCAUUUUUAUCAUUUUGACCUUUCUUACUUCUCCGAAACCUUUUUUUAACGACUUAGAGAUCAAUUUCAAAUGAAUGUGAACCUUGAGAAGAAGGUUGCUGAAACAACCAUUUUGGCCCGUGGUCUUUUUCGAAUCUAGAAUAAAUACUAGUCAAGACCUCAGUUCUCAUACUUUCUCUCAUGUUGCAGGACAUCUGGUGAUAAUACAAUGGUAGGAGGGAACCCCGAAGAUGUCGAGAAGAGCAGAAAUGUCACUGGUGCAGAAAUCAAGUCCGAAGCAAAUGAUGUAGAGAUGUUGCUAUCCCAAAUGCAUGAUCUUUCUUUCAUGCUCGACAACAAUCUUUCAGUUCCUUCCUCACAAAGUUGAAGGCUUCAACUCGUUAUCUCAAAAUUGAGGCCCAAUAUUUUCCAUCUUUAUAUCUGAUUAUGUAAUGUUUAUUCUUUGAUCUGUCUUUCCAGUUAUACUAAACUACCUUUUUGACAUAUGAGAUAGGUUACUUUGAUCUCAUUUCCACAAUUUGAUUGUCAUUAGUUUAAAAGAAAAUUAAGAAA